UGAUUCAUUAAACCUUCCCCUCUCUGUCGGACUGGCUGCAGACCGAGUCGACCUUGCCAAGCGGCUGCAGGUUCCCGUUGUGGACAAUCAGUCCGUCACCACCGCCACCCGCGCGAUCUUCACAACAACUUCAAGAGGGACCAUGCAAGUUUAUGUGGUUGUGAUUUUCGCGUAUGGAGUGUCAGCACUCAAUCUCACGGAGGAGAAGGCGUCAUGCCCCCUUGGAUAUUUCCCCUGUGGCAACCUGACCGUGUGCCUCCCGCAGCUUAUGCACUGCAACGGCAUUGAUGACUGCGGAAAUCAAGCGGACGAGGAGAACUGUGGGGAUAAUAAUGGGUGGCCACAUCUUUUCGACAAGUAUUUUGGAAUGCCCAGCCACAACACUGGGACCAAGUCCAACGUAUGCUUGUUGGGUAUCGUUCCUGAGUUCUGCCAGUGUCGAGACCUGGAGCUGGACUGUGACGGCGCACAGCUUCAAGACAUCCCGGUGGUGGCGAUGAAUGUCACCAUGAUGUCUCUACAAAGGAACCAUCUUCAGAAACUGAAAGCAAACACAUUCUUCAAGUACCAGAGCCUUCAGAAACUAUAUCUUCAGCACAACAGAAUUCAAGAUGUCAGUCCCGGCGCGUUCAGAGGACUGUAUAACCUAACAAGACUAUAUCUGAGCUAUAACAGGAUAUCUGUCCUGAUGCCAGGGGUUUUCCAGGACCUGCACAAGCUGGAGUGGUUGAUCUUAGAAAACAACAAUAUCCAUCAGGUAUCCCCCAUGACCUUCUCAGGACUGAACUCCCUUGUUUUACUGGUUCUGUUGAACAACUCUUUGACAAAGCUGGAUGACAUCUGUCGGGAAAUGCCACGAUUAAACUGGCUGGAUUUGGAGGGGAACCUAAUUGAAACCAUUGGAAAUGUCUCAUUCUGCUCAUGCAGUAUGCUGACAGUUCUGGUUUUACAGCAGAACAGGAUCAGCUAUGUACACGAACAGGCUUUCUCAGUCCUCAGAAAGCUUGGAGAAUUGGAUCUAUCCAACAACAGACUGGUGGCAAUCCCUCCCAAUCUCUUUGUCUUACUUGGGGAUUUGCUUCAACUGAAUAUAUCAUACAAUCCCAUCGUGGAGCUCCAAGUUGACCACUUCGACAAGCUCUAUAAACUGAAGUCACUGAGCAUAGAAGGGAUAGAAAUUGGAAACAUACAACGGCGAAUGUUUGAACCUCUCAAAUACUUGACCCAUAUCUACUUCAAGAAGUUCCAGUACUGCGGCUACGCUCCUCAUGUGCGCAGCUGCAAACCCAACACUGACGGCAUCUCGUCCUUCGAGGACCUGCUGGCCAACAUCGUGCUGAGGGUCUUCGUGUGGGUGGUCUCUGCCACCACCUGCUUUGGCAACAUCUUCGUCAUCUGCAUGCGCUCGUACAUCCGAUCUGAGAACAAACUCCAUGCCAUGUGCAUCAUCUCCCUCUGCUGUGCAGAUGGGCUGAUGGGCAUCUACCUCUUCAUGAUCGGUGCAUAUGAUCUGAAGUUCCGCGGCGAGUACAACCGGCAUGCUCAGGCCUGGAUGGACAGCAGUCAGUGUCAGGUCAUCGGCUCUCUGGCCAUGCUGUCCACUGAGGUAUCCGUCCUUCUCCUCACGUACCUCACUCUGGAGAAAUACAUCUGCAUCGUCUACCCUUUUCAGUACUUGACGCCUGGCUGGCGACGAACUGUCACCAUCCUUCUCGGGAUAUGGGUGUUCGGCUUUGUUGUUGCCCUUCUGCCACUGGCCUGCAAGGGGCUGUUUCGCAACUUCUAUGGGACCAAUGGAGUUUGCUUCCCGCUGCACUCCGAGCAGCCAGAGACGCUUUGGGCUCAUGUUUACUCCAUCGUCAUUUUCCUGGGUCUGAACUUGGUGGCAUUCCUCGUCAUUGUCUUAUCCUAUGCAAGCAUGUUCUAUAACAUCCAGAGAACAGGGACGCAGACCACUAAAUACAGCAACCACAUCAAGAAGGAAGUGACCAUCGCCAAAAGGUUCUUCUCCAUCGUCAUCACCGACUCCCUUUGCUGGAUCCCCAUUUUCAUCCUCAAGAUCCUGUCGCUGAUGCAGGUGGAGAUUCCCGGUACCAUCAGCUCGUGGGUGGUGAUAUUUAUUCUGCCCAUCAACAGUGCCCUUAACCCGAUCCUGUACACGCUGACCACACGGCCUUUCAAAGAGACCAUUCUGCAGGUAUGGGCUAACUACAGGCAGAGAAGGCCUCUGCUCAGCGGUCACCCAGCUCAUCACCGGUCGCUCACCUGGCAGGAAAUGUGGCCCCUGCAGGAGAACAGCCACGGCCCCACUGCGGGGCACCCGCUGGACACAACAGGCACGAUAGCCAAGCUCACCCCUGUUGAAAAUACCAACGAGGGAUACAAUGACAUUAACACGUGCACACAGCAAGCACAGAAGCAACAUAUCGUGUUGUCAGUGUGCUCAAAGAAUCAAACAAUGCCUCUCACACCCAGCCACACAUGCACAAACAAAUGAUCUAUAUGGAUCAGAGUCACCUCAGCAGAUUAAAUGUGAUUCAGACUUGUUUAUCUCAGUAAUUGAUUAUACACGUGUUAAAGGGACAGUCCUGAUUUUCCGCUGUUUCUCCUUUGUGGUUCAUCAUUAGUAUUCAUCAGCGUUUUUGAAAAUCCAGCUGUGUGCAUGUCUUGCCCAAGCAGCAGCCAUCAGCAAUAGAUAAAAUCCCUUCAUGUUGGCUCCAAAAAGAUAUCUAUCAAUACAGAGCUGUGCCCCAUUUAUGGUCGGGCUUUUGUUCCACCAGCUCAAUUUAAUUUCUCACAGAGGGCUUCUUUGAUCUCUCUUUCUGAAAGUUUAAUAUAUUGUCUAUUUUGUCUGAAUAAUUAAUAUUGUCUGAAUAAUUAAUAUUGUCUGAAUAAUUAAUAUUAAAUACAUUGGCAAGUAAAAUUUGGACAACUUAUCAUCUCUAACAGUGAUAAUACAGAAGAAUUUGUUAGAACCCAAUAACUUCAGCUGCCAUCAAACAUUUGCCUCAAUGGCUCAAGGUCCAGAUUCACCAAACCAACUUUAGAGAACAAGCAGCGAUAAAGGCUCCCUGCUGCGUCGCCUGACAUCACUGUGUCUCAGCCAAGAAAGUUGCACAAGAGCACACUACAGAGACUGCAGCUGAUGGCCAACCAGCAUGUACGUACCAUGUACCCUGCAUGAGGGGGAAUAACUCUUCACACCAGCAGACGGCAGUUGUCUGUAAUCCUCAUCAAAAAAGGGAAUCCGGAAGGACCAUCUUGAUGCUACUUACCAAUUAGCAAAUUAACAACACAAUCCAAUGUUAAAGGAAAACAAAGCAUAUCUACCAGGAAAAGAAUGGCACAAACAUUUCUACUAAAGAGCGCGAUGGCUUAAAAAUAAUCUUACCUCGUGACAGGUUUGUUUUGGUCUCACUCCCUCUUGACUUUAUAUUUUUGUUUACUUUCCUCACUUCCAUUUCUCUUUUUGGGAGCUGAGCUGAACUGCCAGUCAGAGUGUUUUCAUUCACCCAUGGGCUCCAGUGUCGCUGAUGCCAAUUCAGCAUGUUGAAUCAGCCAAAAGAAAGCCGACAAGGGGCAACAGUGCGGGACACCCCGCACCAACGAACGCAUAGACACUCACCAACGGCCCAACUUUGACCGUCAGCUUGGUGUUUCAUGGCCGUAAGACUCAUUAAAUAUGAUAUUAUUGAAUGCUAAGAAAAUAAUUUUCUUUGAAAACUGAAGUUUGACCAAAAAAAAAAAAUCUUAUCUCAAGACUCUCUUACCAGCUAUUUCCGGAGUUUUUAAGCACGUCUUACUCUUCGUAAUGGAGUUCGCUACACAGUGCUCAAAGAGUAAUUUUAUCUGUGUUAAAAUGAUGAGGUGCUCAAAUUUUACUUGCCAUAUAGUAAUCAAUGAAUGGUUUUAUUUCAGACUAAAAAUUUAAAAAAAAAAAAAUAAUAAUAAAAGCAAACAAAACAAACACAACAGUGUCCGAAAAGGAAUAGGUAGAAGUAAAACUUAUAUGUCCCUACCCCUUUCUUACAUUUCUUCUUUUAACUCGUAUAUUAGGUUAUUCAACAAACUCCCAAAUUUAUUUACAACUAAUAUACAACUAUCCCCAGUCUAUUUACCACCCAAUUAAGAUAGACGAGGGUGGAAACUCUUCAUCAGUGGCCUGUGUUCCAAGAAGAAUACAAAAGCCCAAGUAAGUAAGUACAGAAGUAGAUGUGAUUAUUGUUUAUGAAUGGAGCAGAGAGGCCAUUAUCGUGGCAUCAUAAUACCAGUAGCUGUAAAUCUGUCCUUGCUGUUGUGGCAGCCAGUGACCCAAUUAAAGUGCAACACACUGAUGCACUGAUGACACUAAUGCAAAAUGAUUACAUGGGAGACACAUUGCAAAAACACCACAACAACGACCUCUUAUGUUCCAAAGAUAGAUAUUUAGAAUAAUUGUAGAUUUUGACUGUAAACAUCAGAAAUAGUAAAUGCUAAAAUAGGAAACACACAAGUUUAAAAAAAUUACUAAUUUUAGCUCUUUAUGCUGUUUACAAUUUAUUUAAAUUUAAACUAAAAGGAGCACAACUUGCAUUUGUUUUUUUAUCUUUGCAGCAAGUUCAUAGUGGUUUUAGUAGUUUAAGCUCCCGCACCCGACUUACUGCAAAGAACAUUUUUACAUCAACUUAAUUUAAGUUUCAGUAUUUAUCCAGUCUGCUGAGGAGAGAUCCAAUAACUUCUUUUUUAUUCUGGUCUUGAGUUCAUCAAGUGUUUUCUGUGUUACCUCUGCCACCAAAAAUAUUUUGUGGAAAUACUGAAUGUAAUGUAUAAGACAUGUCCUGUAUGUUCAGCGAAGAAUGUACUAAAUCUGGGCAGGAGAAACUCCCCAGCUGGUCUGGGGGUUUGAACCUGGACUCAACCGCCCGCUACAUCACACGACACAUUUUAUAUGAUCUGUACAGCGAAGACAUCAUAAACUCUUCUGUGCAUACUUUGUUCAAUGAACUACUGAUUCCUGUGGAAACUGACCUUUUCAGACAUUGUUUAUGUGCGAACAUACAGCAAAUAUGUUGUAAGAAAAUAAAUGAGUUAUAACAGUGGUAUGUCAAUACACUGUACGUGCCAUUUGUGUUUACAUUACAUUUCCGUACGUGCUAAAGAGACGAAGACGGCAGCAGUUUUCUUUGGAUACACUGAUAACAUCUGCAGUCUUACAUUACAUAUUGAUGGGGGAAAUAUCUUUAAACAUGUUUUUAUUCAGUUUGUUGUAUUGAAUUGUGUCUUACGAUAUGUUUUGUAUUUUUGUUUUACUUGAAUUGUGGACA